AUGAAUUAUGCUAAUCCAUUUUCUUUAUCAUCUCAUACAAGUUUUCUAAGUCCCAAAGAAAACCCAAGUAUUUUAACUAGCUUUCUCUCUUAAAAUUAAUCAAUUAGAUCAUUCUAAUCAAUUCCUACAAAGUUGAGUUUCAUAUAACAUCAAAAAAAUCCAAAGGAAAAAAAUUAUCUAUCUCCAUGAUCUAAGAUAGUAACCUUGCAUGAAGAUAGAAAAUUAUAAAAUAAGAAUUAAGGAAGAAUUAAAUAUGUUUCAGAACAUUCUACAACACCUAAUCUAUACAUUUCAAAAAAACAUCCUAAAAUUCGUAUUCCUAUGCUUCCUAAACUAUCCCCUGAACCUAAAAUGGAAGUAUAAAGAAUGCCUUAUAUAAAUAUAAUGACAGAACCAACUGCUGCAAUCGAGGAACAUAUUGACAAAGGAAGAAGUAAUGGUGAAAAAAGUGUUGAUGAUAUAAGUAAUUAAUAUUGAAUACAUCCAAUAAUUUACUACAUGCUACUGAUAUCAUACAGAAUAAAGAAGACUAAUUAUCAACAAGUAAACUUUCACUCAAAUCCCAUUUUAAAUUGGCAGUUUAAAAAUCAUUUCGCAAUCAUCCUAAGAAAGUAUUAUCUUUUUUAAUUAGUUAUUAUUUAAUAUCCUAAUAUCCAAUGAAUUUAAUACAUUUCACGAAUAAGAAAGACUAUCCAUUCAAAUUAAAUUCGAACCAGGUAAUUAAGUUUUGACCUCUAAAUUAACAACAUUGAUAUAAUUUAUCCAUACAAAAGAAAUCUAAAAAUAUUUUCGUUAUAUAAAUGGUGAAUAGUUUAGUGUAUCAACUCAGGUAUUUUAAAGGAAAAUAAAUUUAAUUCAAAAAGGCACAAAUUCUAGAAAUAUGAUAUAAUUAGAAUCUUUUCUUUACUUCCUAAAUCAUCAAAGGAAAUCUACAAGUUUUAUUUCGAAAUAACAAAAUAAUAUUUAAUUAGAAAUAUAUGAUAAGAGAAAUGAGAAGAAUGAGGAAUCAUAAUUACAUUAGAAUUAAAUUAAUAUAACAGUAACAUUUGAAAAUAUUGAAAAAACAGUGUAUUGA